AUAGCCGAAACUCGCCAGUCGAAAGUUGAUAGUGUACGAAUAGACACGCGUGCUAAAUUCAGACAAGUAUUUUGGAGUAUUGGUUAUUACGAAAACAUGCAGAACGGACAUAGUCCAGUACAUAACAAGUCCAAGAUGAAAAGUUGUUGUAGUUGUUGUAUAAGUCCCAGGAUCGAACUUGUAAUUUGGGCAUCUAUCAGUUUGAGUUUCACCGUAUUUAUGCUAAUUUUCAUGUUUUUCGGAAUAAUGUUUAUAGACGCAAUGGGCGGAGAUCACCAUUCCUUGUUUGAGUUUGAGGAUUUCAAAAUGGUGAUAUUCACGUCGGCGUUACUGACUGAUAUCGUGUACAACGUGCUUGUUAUGGUGGCUUCUCUUGGGAAAAAAGUGAAGCUGCUCAAGAUUUCCUUUUUCCUCGGUGUCGUGAUGUGUGGCAUCUUGUGUUCCGUGGCUGCAGUUGUGCACAUGAUGCCAUCAAGUUCUUUGUUUCAUGAGCUAAGAAUGGUUUGGACGGUUUUCGGCUUACUAAUGAUAGUUAUUCGCGGGUACAUGCUCCUGAUAAUGCGCGGCGUUAUGUCGGAUCUACAAGACCAUAGCCAAACCCAUGAAUACAUUGGCUUGGGGAAGACGAACGGAAUGAGGAUGGACAACGAGCCUCCAAUUUAACGUAUAUAAGUGAAUCGACUUUUUCUAGUCAUUCGUUACCAU